UUGCGUUUUGGAAAAACGUGGGACCCAGCUACAGUAAAACGUGGCUCCAAAACGCUGAAACGCGAAAUGAAAAACAAUGCGCACCGUUUCAUUUAAAAACGCUGGAACGCUGUCCGUCUGUGCUGACCACAAGGAAAAACACACCGUUUCAUCAAUAAACUCCAGAGCAUUAACAGAAAACAUAUUCAACGAACCCAUUCAGCUGUAGUUCACAACACUGUCCUGACCCAAGCAUAACGUUCUCCCCAACGGCUAAUUUUGUGCAUUCCGUUUCUUCCUCUCAACUACCCGGCACAGAUGUCUUCAAUUUUCAUCAAUGCCCCGUCCUCAUCGUCUUCAAUGAAGCGCACCUACCCACCAUCCCGCAAUAAACCAUCAAUAGAAGAGCUGAAACAGGGUAACUACAAUCCCACACGGAACAAAGGAAGCCAUCCCAGAGUGAUUCGCACGAGCUCAGCUUCUCUCCGCUUGGGACGUCGCUGCCGCCACUCUAGGUCUCUGCAUUCACGGACAUAAAAAGAAAAAAGUCUCAAGGUAUUCAAAAGGAUGAAUUUGCUAAACGACUCAUCUGAUUCCCAGUACCAGGACACAGUCUUUGAUAUUAGCGACGACAUUGUACUUGCAGCAUAUAUAGCUGGGUGUGCAAGUGUCAUAGCUUAUAUAGAGACUUAUAUGACCAAAGUACCAAUGCAUACGAAUAUACAAACAGGGUAUGAAUGGGUAAAGUAUACAUUAAAUGGAAAUGAGAAGAAAUGUCACAAUGUGUUUAGAAUGUCAAGUCAUGUGUUUCGACAGUUGUGUCAUACAUUGCGCACUCGGUAUGGAUAUGACGGUACCAAAAGAGUUUGCUUGGAGGAGUCAGUGGCAAUGGCAUUGGUGGUACUUGGUAAUGGCAUGGGUAACAGAAUGAUGCAGGAUAGAUUUCAACAUUCUGGUGAGACAGUGCAUCGACAUGUGUCCACGGUAAUUACCUUGUUAGCCACGGUUAUGGCACCAGACAUUAUCAAGCCUGAUGAUCCUACAUUUUGUACCGUGCCAUCACAUAUUCAGGGGUCAGAUCGAUAUUGGCCACAUUUCAUGGGUUGCAUUGGUGCCAUUGAUGGGGUUCACGUCCCCGUGCUCUUACCAGAAAAGAAGCAACACCCAUAUAGAGGAAGGAAAGGGGUCACAACAGUAAAUUGCAUGUGCGCAUGUGAUUUUGACAUGAAAUUCACAUUCGCGUGUGUGGGAUGGGAAGGUUCAGCGCAUGAUACCAAGAUCUUUUUAAAUUGCCUGAAUAAUGAGAGAAAUAACUUUCCAAAAGCUCCACCUGGAAAAUAUUAUCUUGUUGAUUCAGGGUACCCGAUGAAGCCAGGGUUCCUUGCACCAUAUAAGGGAGAGCGGUACCACAUCCCCGAUUUUCAAAGAGGUUCACAGCUGCAUCGUUCAGAGGAGAGAUUUAAUUAUCUCCAUUCAUCACUUCGUUCGGUCAUAGAACGAACUUUUGGAGUUUGGAAGAAUAGAUGGAAAAUUUUGAGAUGUAUGCCAGGCUUCAGUAUACGCACUCAAAAUAAAAUUAUUGUUGCUACAAUGGUUCUUCACAACUUUAUUAGAAUACAUGACGACAAUGACGUUCGACAUUCGCGUUAUGCACGGGACACAUAUACAGGUAGUGAGGGCGGUCAUUAUGAUCAAGUGGGAGAUGUGGUCUCUUACUUGGAUUCAGAUGAGAUGAAAGAGGUUCGGGACUAUAUCAUAGAAUCGAUAUGUAUGGACCAUAACUGA